UUGUUAAAGGAUGCUGCACUUUCAGAGUAUUUGUUAAUUGAAGUAUACCAAUUUCUUUCGCAAUAUGAUUUAUAGACACUUCUGUUUAUUUAAUGGUUAAUGGAGAACAUGCUUCUAUCAGCAAUCCCGCACCAUAUAAAAGAAAAUCCAGUGUCAGGAUAUUUUACUGCUUCUACAGGGAAACAUCUCUGAUUUAAUAUUGUUUCUACGAGAACACAAUGUCUAAUUUCUACCUGGCUUGGCUUCUUGCUGUGCUCUGGACUUUUGUUCAAUCUCAUCACUUCUCUAACCAUACUGAGGGUCACAAUCAACCAUCUCCUGCUGUAGUGCAUCAUAAUUUGUCCUAUCAGAGAAUAGCUCCAGGCAAUGUUGAUUUUACCUUCAAAUUCUACCAUCAAGUUUCUUUAGGAGCAACUAGGAACAAUAUAUUGUUUUCACCUCUGUGCAUUUCUACUGCCCUUUCCAUGCUUAUGCUGGGAGCAAAGCAUCACACCCUGAGUCAACUUUUAUCAGGACUUAGCUUUAACCAGACAGAAGUAAGUGAGCAAGAAAUCCAUGAAGGUUUCAACAACCUCCUGGACCUUUUAAAUGACCCUUCGAAUGAAAUUGAACUGAACAUUGGAAAUGCCCUUUUCAUAGAUGAGGAGAUGAAACCCCUAAAGAAGUUCCUGCAUGAUGCUAAACAUUUCUAUAAAUCUGACAUUUCUCACACUGACUUCAAAAAUUCUAAACAAGCUGAGGAGCAGAUUAACCGCUACAUAGAGAAGAAAACCAAUGGACAAUUUGUUGAUGUUAUCAGGGAUUUGGAAACAGAUGUUUUGAUGGUCCUUGUAAAUUAUAUGUUCAUGAAAGCCUAUUGGAAAAAUCCUUUCAGUUUUAAGAAUACUAGAGAAGAUUACUUCUUUGUGGAUGAACAAACAACAGUGAAAGUGCCUAUGAUGUUCAGAAAUGCCUUGUAUAAGACCUAUAAAGACACAGAUCUGUCCUGUCAACUGGUGGAGAUCCCAUACAAGGGAACGACUUCAGCACUCUUCAUCCUACCUGAACCAGGAAAAAUGAAGCAGGUGGAAGAUGCUCUGGAGCAAGGCAUUUUAUCAAAAUGGUUGCAUUCAUUUGAAGAGCAGAGAAUAAAUCUUCAUCUUCCAAGGUUUACCAUACAUACCAAAUAUGUUCUCAGGGGAUUGUUGAGAAGAAUGGGUAUUACUGAGAUAUUUACAGAUGAAGCAGAUCUAUCUGGAAUUACUGGAAAGCCUGAACUGAAGGUUUCCAAGGCAAUUCACCAAGUUUAUCUACGUGUCCAUGAGAAUGGCACUGAAGCUGCUUCUACUGUUGUCACUGAAAUUGUGCCCAAUGCUCGCCCUCAUAUAAUAAAAUUUAAUAGGCCUUUCAUAGUGAUUGUCUUUGAAUCUUUGAGCAGGUCCAUCUUACUGAUGGGAAAAAUUACAAAUCCUAAAGAGACUGAAUCACAUUACUAGUGAUUUAAUUGUAAUAUUUAAUGAUGACUGAAAUAAAUAAAAAAUAAAAAUCAUGGCUGUCAUUUACUGUACAUGAACUGUCACUAUCAUGCAUUCCUAAUUAAGUAAACAUGAUAACAUAGAAGUCCUGACAAUGAUGUGAGGAGGAGGGACCAUAUGAUUCCUCACUGGUGGGGAGCAGUAGAUGUCGACUGCACUAGGUGGCACCAUCACGGGAGAUGAUACCAAAAUGAUUCCCCUGCUCUUCUCUAAUUCAAACAAUAAGGUUCCUGAAUUCACUCUAUAUGAGUAAAUGAACAUGGUGCUACCCAAAUACAUCAACCACAUGUGAAAAGAUGGCUUAAUGUCCUUUCCUUUGUACUAAUGAAAUAACUGAAGUCUCUGGAAUUUAAGAGUUAUAUCUUCUGUAAUAAUUCUCAUCAAAUAAUGACAAAACUUUUAUUUGGUUUCAAAAGGCAGAAGAUUUGACAACAAUGUGAUUGAAAGUCAUUGAGGCAUGGUUGCUUUUUAAAAUGAAUAUUGAAGAUAUUCCAGAAUUAAUGGAAAAAUUCAAAUUUUAAAAUUAUAAUAAUAAUCAAAACCCAAUUAUAGAUUUUGAUAUGAUGUAUAGGUUUUUUAAAAAGAUAUUCCAAAAUAGAAUACUUACAUUCAAUGUACCUUUAUCCCAAUUUUUGUAACAGUUUGUAUUGCAUUAUGUGAUGGCCUUGAGUAUUCUGGUUCCAUCUGUAAAGGGAUAACCAACCAACCUAUGUAGAAUCCUGAUUAGCAUGUCAAAACAGAAUGAAGAUAAGAGUCUUAAAAGGUGUCUCAAUAAAAAAUAGUCAGGUCUGGUAAGAUCUUUCACAAUUCUCAAUUUUUGCAAAAAAAAAAAAAAAAAACAUUGUGCAGAAAAAAACCAAACUGUGCAAAAUACAGUUGUGCAAAGCAACUUUUUUGUUGAGAUACAU